GGAACACAAGCGUGAUUAUACAAUCAAGGCAAAAUAGCGUAAGAAGAAAUGACAAAGUUGCUUGUUGAACACUUCCAUCAUACACAAACACACAAUGCGAGUACUUUUGGUAAACGAUGAUGGUCCACCAGCACCUCACUCACCGCACAUCUUGGGAUUAUACGAACAUCUAAAGAAUCAACUAGGAUGGGACGUUACCGUCGUUUUACCUUCUUCACAAAAAUCGUGGGGUUCAAUGGCAUUUUCACUUCAUCCACCAUGCAGUAAAUGGUACUACUAUCCGAUCAAAGGUGAUCAUUCGGGAGAGAAAGCGAAAGAUUACCAUAAUUGGAGUCCUGUUCAGCGUCCUCUGAAAGAAGAUGAGAUUGCAGAGUGGAUCUUGGUAGAUGGAUCUCCGACUACUUGUGCGAAUAUCGGACUUUAUUCUUUAGGAUCCGGUGAAGGUUCAUCCUCUUCUUCUAAAUUUGAUCUAGUCAUCUCUGGUCCAAAUUUCGGACGCAAUACAGGCACAGCAUUUUCUUUAUGUUCAGGCACGAUCGGAGCAGCACAGGCAGCAUCUUUGAGUGGAAUUCCUGCGGUUGCAAUCAGUUAUGCACAUUUCCAUCAACCUAACAAGAUGGUAGAAGAGGCAGAGGCAAAAGCAAAGCUAAAUACGAAUUUACAACCAUCCAAAAAACUCGGAGAUCUACCGCAAUCUGCGCCUUUAGAAGUUGUUGAACGAGCUCAUGAAAUUUCAUGUCAAUUGAUCGAAAAGCUGUAUAAGAAUUGGGAAUCUAACGUUGGUGUUUAUUCGAUCAAUGUUCCAUUAACGUUCAACCUUUUAGACAAAGACAAACAAACGCAAGUAUAUUGGACAAAGACUUGGGAUAGUAAAUUCGGUCAACUGUUCCAAGUUGAAGAGGAAGAGACCAGCCAACCUGCCGGAGAAGAUUUUAAACCUUCAUCAGCACCAUUGCCAAAAUCAUCAUUCAAAUUUGCGCCCAACAUGGCAGCAAUGUUACAGCCAAAGAGAGAUCAACAAUCUUCAGAAACGGAUAUUUGGGCAGUCUUAAGCGGGCACAUAUCUGUUGCUAGAUUAAGCCCUAGCUACACGGCAAUCUUGCCUGCUUUGCAAAGUGAAAAUUCAUCUACUGCUCCUGGAACACAUUUUAAAUUGUAA